GAGCCAACUCCUCGACUGCUUGCACGUUUUUGGUGAAAUAAUAGAGACAAGAUGGGUAUAUUGGAAAAGAUCGCAGAGAUUGAGGCCGAGAUGAAUCGGACCCAGAGAAACAAAGCCACCAUGGGGCAUUUAGGUUUACUAAAAGCUCGAUUAGCAAAGCUACGACGAGAGUUGAUCGAACCUAAAGGUGGUGGUGGGGGAGCAGGGGAGGGCUUUGAUGUUGCCAAGACUGGAGAUGCCAGGAUAGGAUUUGUAGGGUUUCCAUCCGUUGGUAAAUCUACCCUACUAAGCAACCUGGCUGGAGUAUAUUCUGAAGUAGCCGCCUAUGAGUUCACCACACUUACAACAGUACCUGGGGUCAUCAGGUACAAAGGGGCAAAAAUACAGUUGCUGGAUUUGCCUGGAAUUAUUGAAGGAGCGAAAGAUGGAAAAGGUCGAGGAAAACAAGUCAUAGCAGUUGCCAGGACUGCUGGGUUAAUCUUUAUAGUACUGGAUGUACUUAAGCCUCUUCAGCAUAAAAAUCUUAUAGAAAAGGAAUUGGAAGGAUUUGGUAUCCGACUCAACAAGUCCCCACCACAAAUUGGAUUCAAGAAAAAAGAGAAGGGAGGCAUCAACUUGCAAACAUUGGUGACACAAUCUGAGUUGGACCUUGAUUUAGUAAAGACAAUUUUGAACGAAUACAAAAUUCACAAUGCAGACAUUGUCCUCAGAGUAGAUUCCACGUCGGAGGAGCUCAUUGAUGUUAUAGAAGGAAAUCGGGUCUACAUCCCCUGUAUAUACCUACUCAACAAAAUAGAUCAGAUCUCCAUCGAGGAGUUAGAAAUUAUUUACAAAAUACCUCACUGUGUGCCCAUAUCAGCCCAUCACAAGUGGAACUUUGAUGACCUUCUGGAGAAAAUGUGGAAUUAUCUUGGUCUCGUCAGAAUAUACACCAAACCUAAAGGACAGCUGCCUGAUUACACAGCACCUGUUGUUUUGAAAGAGGGAAAGAGUUCUAUCGAAGAUUUUGCCAACAAACUCCACAGAAAUUUACUUAAAGAAUUCAAAUAUGCAUUGGUAUGGGGUUCAUCAGUGAAGCACCAGCCUCAGAAAGUUGGCAAGGAUCAUGUUCUGUGUGACGAAGAUGUGGUCCAAAUUGUGAAAAAAAUCUGAGCCUGGUUGUUGCUAACUUAUUGACGGUUUCAUAGGAAAUGGAGAAAUAUACAGCAUCUGAUGAAAUUCAUCUUCCUGGAUUUUCAAAAAAAAUCAUGAUAUCCAAUGACAUGGGAAUAUUGUCACAGUAGCUAAAUAAAGACAUGUACUUGACAUAUUAACUACUUGGAGAGGUGACUUGCUGAAAUUUCUAAAAGGAGUUCUAGAUUCUUAUGAAUUUACUGAAAUACCUAAGAUGGAGAGAUGGACUCUCAAGAACUUGAUGAAAAAACAAUAUGCAUAUUGAUUCUUGAGAAAGUGCUAAAAGACAAGUAUCUACAAUGAGAAAAAUGCACAUGAAUACCAGUGACAGAUUUUACUGGAAUAUGUCAAAUUGUUGGACUUACUGCAGUGAGAUAUAUUUGUGAAUUUGCAGAAAUACCAGCAUAUUUGUUGGCAUUACUUCUCUGAAAUAGAUUCAUGUGACUUUGCUAAAUUGUCUCCACGGAGUAAUGCAUAUUUACAUGGUAAUUACUGAAACACCAGUUUAAAAGAUGGAUUUAUGUGAAUUUGUUUUAAUAUUGAGAUUUUGCUUGAUGGGGUCACAUCAACAGUGAUAUGUAAUGUCAUGCCAUGCAAUAUGAGAAAGGUGUUAUUUUGGUAUUCAGUUCUUCAAUGACGUUAGAUUUUAAGAAAUAGGAUCUUUUACAUUGAAAAAUUAUUAUUACCCCAAUUAAAUAUUGCAUACAAUUUUA